AUGUUUUACAGAAUCGUCCAGAAGAGAUCCACCAUCGGGUUGCCACGUAAGAUCAAGGACAACUUGGUUGCCUUGGGUUUGGGCAGACCGGGCUUGAUUUCCUACCAGGCCGUUGCCCCAGCUGCCGCCGGUAAGAUUGCUGCCGUCAAAGAGUUGGUUGAGGUCGAGUUGAGGGAGACCGCUUUGACCAAGGCUCAAGAAAAGGCUUUGAGGAAGUCUAACCAGGGGUUUGUCCUCGAAAAGGUCUCUGCCUAACUCCCAAACCCUAGUCUACCCAGAAUACCACCACACUCAUGGGUCUGACUUUUACCGCUCCUUGUAUAUACCACUUUAUAGUGCCUACGCAUCCUUUAUUACUUCUUGACG